AUGCCAUCAUUCGAGGCCGAACAAGAGGAAGAAGGAUGGGAAACAAUCGCCCCCGGAGUCAGACGACGUACGGUUCAGUCUGAUAAGGGCCUGCGAAUCAUUUCCGAGGAUCGAAUUGAGACGCAGGAUGAGCUCAGCGUGGGGCAAAUACACGCGCUCCCCGACGAAGAAUGGGCACCGAUCGCUCUCAGAAUGAAUGGGGCUAGGGGACUACAUCGGGCUGAUGCCCUGGCGAACGCGCGAAAACGACUCCGUCAGUUCCCGCGGUACAUGGAAUAUAAUAGUCAGCUUGGCUACGCAAUCAGUCUCGAGAGCGCGGAAGGACUAGAGGACCUCUUACGAGGCCGCAGCGGUGGUGAUGGCGGUCGCGAUGUUAGCGGGGAUGCUAAUGCAUUAGAUCCGAAUACAGCAUACGCUGGCCAGACUGCCCUAUACCAUGCCGUGUCGUCGAACAAGAUCCAGCAUGCGCGCAUGCUGCUAGACUAUGGCGCUGAUCCGAAUAUAUAUUCUGUCUAUCCGAACUACGAUGGCGACGAUCUGUGGCAGACGCCAUUGCAUUGCGCAGCCAGCGACUGGCGACCCGAUCUUGUCCAACUCCUCAUUGCGCAUGGAGCAAAUGUGAACGCGCUGAGUUUACUGAAGGGUCAAACUGCUUUGCACCAUGCUGUGCUUGCUGCUAGGUUCUGGACCCUGAGACGUGACUGGGCGGACCUUGAACUGGUCAUACGUUACCUGAUAUCUGCUGGUGUAGACGUCAACGUUCGGGAUGAAAAUUUGCUUGCGCCGCUGGAUAUAUGGAUGGCUAUCGACACAACUCACAAAGACAAGGACUUCCGCUCCAUCUCAGAUCUCAUGCUUAGAGCUGGAGCUGAUAUCAAUGCCCCUGGGAUGGGAGGAAAUUCUUCCUUCCUUCUCUCAGCUGAGUCAGCUUCCUUAGGAGGGCCAUCUGAUCUCUUCCGUUUGCUGCUCGAGCAUGGAAGUCCAAAUGUUAAUCAGCAGAAUCAUGACGGAGAUACGGCUUUGCAUCUGCUCGUGGAGCGGGGGGCUCUGGACGGUGUCAUAUUGGCCAUGAAUGCGGGGGCGAAUCCAAAUAUCCAAGGUGGGAAUGACGAGACGCCGUUGCACAGAGCUGCUGGGAGACGAGGAUAUCACGAGAUUGUAGAACAGCUUCUUGUGUCCGCUGAUCCCACUAUACAAAGAACGGAUGGGAAAACGGCGAUCGAGUUGGCGCUGAUGGCGGGUGGCAUCAAAGAAACGAUGCAGGCAUUCAUGCAACAUCCUACAAGUCGUUCCUUCAUCAACACGGAAAAGAACGCUUUGAAGGUUGCCGCACUUCAAUCUGGCACUUCUUCAUCGAGGUUUGACGAACUCGUAGGGGACCUAAGCACAGAUUCCUCGUUGGCAAACUCACCGGCUGGACGAACUCCACGCUCGCAAGGUUCUUUGCCAGUACUUCCAGCCGCGACUGAUUCCAGUGCCGCAAGCCACCCGGAAUCUGCAGCGUUUGUCAAAUCCGUGCAAGCUUUCGAGGACCUGAAGACACAAGCGCAGCAGUCCGAAGGGGUGAGAACUUUCCCCAGAAGACUGGUUGAUAUCAACACAGGCCAGAUCGUGCCCGGAGACAUCUCCAUGAAGUACGUUAUCGCCUCGUACCUUUGGUCACCUGAGAAAACCCCUGGUGUUCCCCAAGAUUCAGAGGCUUAUGAACCCAUUCAUGAGACUUUACAAAGGAUAGCAGAAGCCUGUCGGAAAUACCCCAAUCUCAUCGAGAUGAUUCCUGCCCCAUUCGAGGGCGCCGCCAGACUGAGAUGGCCCUCGAAAGACGUCUAUCCUAGUGAACCCAACCCCAGAUAUCUGAGUGAGGUGUACUGGCUCGUUGGCCGAGAAGCCUGUCGCCGCGGACUUCAUUUCAUCUGGAUUGACAGUUUUUGUAUUGACCAGAAGGAUGAGAGGGACAAAGCGGAGCAGAUCCCCUUUAUGGCGGACUAUUACAGAAACGCUGAUUGUUGCGUCGUGGUGUCCGAGAGCCUUCGUCGCCGCCUCAGACCAGAAUUCGAUCCAUCGAGAGAGUUCUUCGAUAGCGGCGACUCCAUAACAGAUCGACUGCUCGGGUGGACUAUCGGCUUCCACUACAAUCGCGUCUGGGUAUUCCAAGAAACCAAACUCGCCAAAGAAGUGAUUACCCGAGCCGGUGACGUUCGCAUCAAAACGACAGAAGUGUUACGACCGGAGUUUCCCAAAGAGGAUCCAAGUGCCAACCAACUUUGGCUCUCGGCUCCACGCACUUAUCAUGAAGCUCCGCGUGAUCCAAGAAAGAGAACAGAGGCCGCGAUCGGCAAAGCCAUCCAGAAACUGCCGUUGUCCGGAUCACGUCUAGUCGGAAACUGGCCAUUGUCAAUCGACUUCUGUAUGAUUCUUCUUAGGGAUCGUGCCUCGGGCUUUCAACAUGACAAGAUAUAUGGCAUAUUGGGGCUCUUCCCAGCCUCAAUCAGACGGGCUGUCCCAAUCGACUACAAACUCCCCUUAUCUACCGUCUUCGCUAUUUUCGUCUACCUCCGUAUCCAAUCCGGCGACUUGAUUGCGCUUUCGCUCGUCCGCGCCCCGGAUCAUCCGCCCCACGGCAUCCCAAACGCCCCGUCCUGGCUUCCUUCAGGCUAUGGCUUCAUCUACAGCGACGUUCUUGACCUAGAGUUUGACCCAUCGUUGAAUUUUCGGCGAGAGGGCGCAGACAAGAUACAUCUUUGCAUGCCCUUCGUACGCAUCGCGGACUGCUAUCGUCUCGAUGACAGUGUCUUCGGCGGCGAUCCUGCUGCAAGACACGGUAACAUCCUCCUCCGCUUUAUGGAUAGGCACAAUGCCCUCCUUCCCCAAAUUCGCCGUGCCGCCGUUGAGCCCGUCGAUCCGGAUUACAACCUCACGUCAGACGAGAAUUUUGGCACUGGCGGCGCGUAUAUCAUUCGUCCAUCUCUGGAACCCACGCAGAUCUCUGCCUCCGAAGCGGCAAAAGUCGCAGAAGAGCGAGAACGGAGGAGAUUGGUCAUUCAGGCUGCUGCUAGAGAAGACAGGGCUGUUGUUGCACUGCUCGGAAUGGAAAAGAGAGGGAGUAAGGCCAGUGAUUUCAUGUUGGACACGGUUUGGCUGGUGUUAUGUGCGGAAGUUAGUACUGGGAGGUGGCGAAGGGAAGGAAUUAUGGUUUUGGACCAAGUCAGCGUAGAUCGGAUGGCUAAUCCGGACGUGCGAGAGGUCCAGGAGUUCUGUAUCGUAUAA